AUGUCAGAAGGAAUAUCUUUAGUUUUAAGAAUGUCACCAUCAUCUGUUGAAGUAAUCUAUAAGUACUCAAAUGAAGAAUUCAGCGAUGAGGGAAGUACAAAUAUGGAAUUUAAAAGUGAAUCACAAAAGAAUGUUGAUUAUUACUAUCAAGCACUGCCUAAAACAGAUCCAAAAUUCCUUGCGCCCUUAAGAAGAUGGGAGAAACAAAUGGGCUUCGUCACACCUAUUCGUUGGACCAUGGUUCUGACGUUAGCCUUAUUUCAUAUUUUAAUGGGCUUAGGUCCCAUUUACUACCUUUUAACUGGUGGAAAAUUUCCUAUGUGGAAAACUUUUUUAUUUGCGUUGUUCAUUGGAGCUUAUGGAGGAUUUGGCGUGACUGGUGGUGUUCAUCGUUACUGGACGCAUCGUUCAUAUAAAGCUAAAUUGCCACUUAAAAUAAUACUUAUGAUUGGAUUUGCAAUAUCUGGACAGAAUAACAUAAUGAACUGGGUACGUGACCACCGUGUUCACCACAAGUUGUCGGAGACAACAGCGGACCCCCACGAUGCGCAUCGGGGAUUUUUCUUUGCUCACGUCGGUUGGCUUAUGAUGAAGAAACAUCCUCAUGUCAUCAGCGAAGGAAAUAAAAUUGAUAUGAGCGAUAUAUUGAAUGACCCGGUUGUCCAGUUUCAUACGAGAUACUUCGCAUUGAUGAAAGUAAUGCUAUGUAUUGUGAUACCAACUUUGAUACCAAUAUACUUUUGGGGUGAGUCGCCGUGGACAUCAAUAAUGACUACAGCAGGUCGAUAUGUGCUACUUGUCAAUAUGACUUGGUCAGUCAAUAGUUUUGCUCAUAUUUGGGGAAAUAAGCCAUACAAUACAAAAAUAACUCCAGUGGAAAAUUGGAAGGUAUCUCUUGUAGCAAUGGGCGAAGGUUGGCAUAAUUACCACCAUACUUUCCCAUGGGAUUAUAAGGCAGCAGAACUGGCAUAUUUCAUUAACAUUACUACUUUAUUAAUCGAUAUGUUCGCGGCUAUAGGCUGGGCAUACGAUAUGAAGAAAGCUUCGCCUUCACUUAUACAAGCUGUGGUCCGAAAACGAGGACCACAAGCGGAACACCAUCGUGAAACCGUAAUGCAUGAA